AUGACCACCGUCGAAACGAGCCGUUACGCAGCAGCACAUGCGGACCAGCAUGGCCCCGGCGACGCAAGGCCUACUGCCUUCCAAAUUAUCAAGGACGAGCAAAGAGAGGGAUCCAUGAGCGACAAGGUCGUCUUCAUCACUGGCUGUUCUUCUGGUCUGAGGAUCGAGACAGCGCGAGCGAUGAAAGCCACCGGCGCGACCCUCUUUGUUACCGCUCGCAACCUGGAAAAGGCGAAGCAAGCCCUCGGUGACAUCCUUGACGGCGGACGUGUUCAUCUCCUCAAGCUGGACCUCGAAUCCCUCGACAGCGUCCGCGCCUGUGUCGAGGAAUUCAAGUCCAAGAGCAGCACCCUCAACAUCCUCAUCGAGAACGCCGGUAUCCGCCACGUGCCCUUUGGCAGAACGCAGGACGGCUACGAAAAGCACUGGGGAACCAACCACCUCUCACAUUUCCUUCUGCUGGAGCUUCUCAGGCCGAUCCUCAUAGCGUCAGCGACGCCGGAAUUUUGCUCUCGCGCCGUCAUCGUUUCGUCCACGGCUCACAGAAACGCUCCCAUGGACUUUGGGGACCUCAACUGGGAAAAGCGGAAAUAUGUUCCCUCGAUUGCAUACGGCCAAAGCAAACUGGCUAAUGUCUACACUGCGAGUGAGGUCAACAGGCGUGUGCACCCUGGAGGUAUUCGGACGGGACUUCAGGCAGCCACUAAGUGGGAUGUCGGCGACUGGCUCGUCGUCAUCAAGUCCGGCCCCAUGGCAACACUCAUGACGAUGAUGAACGCUGAGCAAGGUGCGUCGACGUCGGUAUGGGCUGCCGUGAGCAGGGAUUUGGAAGGUCAAGGUGGGAAAUACCUGGAGAGGAAUCGUUUCAGCGAGCCGUUAAAGAAGGGGUGGAAGAUGAUUGACCCAGGGCAUGCCGAAUGGGCCUAUGAUGGGGAGGCUGCAGCGAGAUUGUACGACUUGUCUUUGAAGGAGGUCGGUCUCUAA